AUUUUUUUUGGAAGAAUCUAAAAAUAAAACUUUUUUGGAGAAAAGUAAUUGGCAACAUUACACAGUUGAACAACUCAGCUGAUUUCGAAACAAAAAUAAGGUCCUCAGUGUCAAAUCACAAACACUGACAAGGGUCAAAUGUGAAGUGAUAUUAAAACUAAUAAUGUACUGAUUUAUUAAGUAAUAUAAUUUUUUUGUAUUUAAAAUAAUUAUUUUUUAUUGAUUUAUUAUCCGAGAGAUAUCGAACCUUGAAAAUCGUCGCACAAGUGUUAAUAAACUCAAAACAAGAAUGGUUUACUCAAAUAUGUUAAAAGUACGCAGUGUAUUUCAGAAAACAUCGAUUCAUGUACGAUUAAUGAGCUCAUCUCCAAGUGGAAGCGAUUCAUGGCUUAGUAAAUUAUUAGUACGUCGUAUUGAACCAUCAAAAGAAUCGCAUAGUCGUAUGUUAAGUGAUAAAGAAGUUGUUUACGGUUUACAUACGCAUAAUAUUCGACCGGAUUCGGUGGAUAAAUAUCUUGAAAAUUACAAAAAGCAUGUACAGUUGAUACAUUCAAAAGAAGAAUUGGCUUGUGAUUUAGUUGGAUCAUGGACUGUAAAAGUUGGAGAUUUAGAUCAAGCCUUACAUUUAUGGAAAUUCCGUGGUGGAUUCGAACGAGUUGAUAAUAUUCAAAGAUUCCUUGCAAAUAAUAAGGAUUACGUAAAACUUCAAAAAGAACGUGGAAAUUAUCUACGUUCACGGCAUUUACAAUACCUUUUAGCAUUUAGUUAUUGGCCAAACAUAGAAUUACGUAAAGGUAAUAACAUUUAUGAAAUACGAUCGUACAGUUUAAAACCAGGUACCAUGAUUGAAUGGGGUAAUAAUUGGGCUCGUGCUGUUAACUUCCGACGUAAUAAUAACGAAGCAUUUGCUGGAUUCUUUUCACAAAUUGGUCGAUUAUAUAAUGUACAUCAUAUUUGGUGUUAUAAAGAUUUACAGGCACGUCGCGAGACACGUGAGAGUGCAUGGCGUUCACCAGGUUGGGAUGAAUGUGUUGCCUACACUGUACCGUUAAUACGUGAAAUGCAUUGUCGUAUUUUAGAGCCCACCCCAUUCUCACCUACUCAGUGAUUUUUUUUUAAUCUUGUAAAAAUCAACUUCUAUUUUUUGAUUAUGGUUCUUUAUUUUUUUUAAAUGUUAUUUUACGUUAUUAAAUUCAUUGAAGUAAAAUGAAAAACAUUCUAUAAAUAAAUCCAAAAAAAACUUGCUCUUUUUGAGAUUCGAUGAAGAAAGUAAUGGCCUUCAAUAUUAUGUGGGAGUUACUCAAUGAAUAUUCAUCAAUUUUAAGUUUGUUAAGAAGUUCUCGGUUAUGAGAAUUUUUCGUAGAGUAAAAAGUUGUGGUUCUUAGCAACAGUUUUUUUUCAUUUUUAAU